AUGGUAACCAAUUCAUCCAAAAGGCACGGCCGUGUUGCUUGUGAGAAUAAACGUAAGAAAUGGAAGAGUAAAUCCAGUUUUAACUUGAACACCUUCGAGAUUAUACGUAUGGAUCACAUUAAAGCAUUCCUCUCCAUCUUCGUUUUGAUUCUCUCAGUUUCAUCAGUAUUGGCCUCUUCCUCAGCAUCACUCAAAGUGGGCUUCUACAAGUUGACAUGUCCAUCAGCAGAAGCAAUCGUGAAGAGAGCCGUCAACAAAGCUGUUUCUGCCAAUCCUGGAAUCGCUGCUGGUCUCAUCAGAAUGCAUUUCCAUGACUGCUUCGUCAGGGGUUGUGAUGGAUCUGUGCUGCUCAAAUCUACACCUGGUAAUCCUGCUGAGAGAGACCACCGGGCAAACAACCCCAGCUUACGUGGCUUCGAGGUCAUUGAUGAGGCCAAGGCUCAGAUUGAGGCUGUCUGUCCUCAAACUGUUUCUUGUGCCGACAUCCUCGCUUUCGCUGCUCGAGACAGUGCUCAGAAAGUCGGACACAUAAACUACGAUGUGCCUGCAGGACGAAGAGCCGGUCGUGUCUCAAUCAUGGACGAAGUCCAAGGCACUGUGCCCCCACCGUUCUUCAACGCACAGCAACUCAUUGACAAUUUUGCACGAAAGGGAUUAUCAGCGGACGAAAUGGUCACUCUUUCUGGUGCUCAUUCCAUUGGCGUAUCUCACUGUUCUUCCUUCUCCGGUCGUCUCUACUCCUUCAAUGCCACUCAUCCCCAGGAUCCUUCCAUGGAUCCUGCCUUUGUUGAGCUGUUGAAAAGAAAGUGUCCGCCUUCCAGCAACAAUGGCGGUGAAGAUCCGAAGGUUGUGCUUGAUGCUGCUACGCCUAGUAGAUUGGACAACAAGUACUAUGUGGCACUGAGGAGUCAUCGUGGGUUGUUGACCUCAGACCAGACAUUGUUGGAAAGUGAGUCCACAAGGAACAUGGCGCUGCUAAAUGCGAAGCAUGGUUGGAGUUGGGCUCACAAGUUUGCCAAGGCAAUGGUUCGUAUGGGUUCGAUAGAAGUGCUCGCUGGUUCAGAGGGCGAGAUCAGAAAGACAUGCAGCGUCGUCAACUAAUUAACACAUCUAAUAUUUAUGCUUUGCUGUGCUCGGAAACAAUUUGUUCAUACCUCAGUUUGGUUUUCAAUUCUUUUUUUCAAUUAUUCUUUUGUACGUGUAAAGAAUACUUAAU